AUGGCGGAGCCGACGGACUCGAGCGCCCCGCCUGGCGAAACGCCCAAUCCCGCGACUGAGCCGAAUGCGCCAGCCACCGAGACAAGCCAACCAUUGCCCCCGAGCGAGCCACUCCCAGCGACGGCGCCGGAGAGCCUUCCAAUCGAACCUUCGGCCGGAACUGAGGCAAGCCAACCACCAUUGCAGACAGAGCAAGCCACCGCAGAAUCAAAUCCCCUCGCCGUAGGCCCACCGCCAGCAGGUCCACCACCAUCAGAGCUCAUACCGACCGACCAAGCACCGGCGGAUCCAACAUCAGCAGAGCCUACACCCGCAGAGCCCACAGCAGUAGGGCCAGUGCACAAUGCGAGCACGUAUCAUCCCACAGAAGAGCCCAUGGAGGUAGGGCCAAUACACGAUGCGAACUUGUAUCAUCCCUCAGACGAGCCCACCCAGUCAACACAAGAACCCGAUGCGACCCUACCGUCAAUUGAAUCAUCCCUUCCUCCAAUUGAUUCCUCGAUCCCAGCCAUGGACACUUCGGAGGCUUUUGGAGACUCCGAGCUGAACUCUUUUGAUGCGCUGCCUUCGAUUGGCUCAACUACGGGUCAGGACAUGUCACUACCCUCGAUUGACACGACGCUUCCAUCGCUUGAUCAUUCUUUGCCAGCAAUCGGAAUUGACGAUAUUCCAACUAUGGACGAGCAUGAGUUUCGCGACGACAGUCAUUUAGACCACCAUGACUCGAACUCGGGCCUGCAUGACCCUACAGGUAAUGGACAUGACCCAAAUCAACACUCGGGGACAAAUGGCGUAUCGCACUACCAACCAUCCUCUAAUGGAACCUAUCAAUAUUCGCAUAGUCCUGCCCAGUCACAACAACCCGGAACACCGCAGGCACAGACCCAUACCCAGCACCAAUUCCAGGCGCAGCCGCAACAGCACUAUCAACAGAACGAUAUGUACCACAACUCUGGCGCACAAGGACAGGUACCACAGGCGCCAAUCGGAUCACCACUGCCAAACAACAUGCCCCCAAUGGCAUCUAUGGGACAAUACAUGACUGGCUAUCCGUCGAACAUGGGGCAAGGCAAUGCGCAGAUGCGAUAUCAACUACCGGGCGACCCAAACAAAAUGCUAUCUGGAAAUAGACAUAAGAAAGAAGUCAAGCGACGUACAAAAACCGGCUGUCUGACUUGUCGCAAACGAAGAAUCAAGUGUGACGAGGCACAUCCUGUCUGCAGAAAUUGCGUGAAAAGCAAACGCGAGUGCUUAGGCUACGACCCGGUGUUUCGCACUCAAGCUUCAACGCCAUCGGCUAUCCAGCCAGCUCCCAACCCUCCUCCAUCUUUGGUGGUCAAUCCCCAGGGUCCUUCUACCACGACCCCAACAGCACCUUCUUACCCGUCCGCGCCCCCGGGCUACAUGCCCGCCUCCUCUCAGCCAUUUGCACCCUCUCUCCAUUCCGAAUCGCCUACUGCCUCUGUUGAGCAGCACGCGCACCGAGCUUCCAUCGAUCCUUCAUUAAGUGCAAGCAGCCAGCCAACCCAUACCGAAAUGCAAAAUACUACCGCGCCCCGCCCUCAGGGCUCCGAGCCUGCAUACAAAGGUAACCCUUAUCCACUUGCAGGUGGGUCACGACGCGAAGCUAAUCAUUGUAUGCCUGCAGCCAAGAAUAUCUACAUAAUCGACCUUUUCUCCCUCAGAGGAAUUGCCCCUCCUCCUCCACAUGCCAUUGGUACCCUCCCCCCUGGCCGCCUCGAAGAAAUCCAGGCGGUCUUCUUGGCCACCUACGCACCGGCUAUCGACAAACUCCUCGAGGUCCGAUGGUACUCCGAUAAGGCUCUCUCAUAUCUUAUGGCCGAUUCCCAGCUCAUGGCGGAAUAUUCAGCCUUGAUCGACGCCUUCAACGAAUGGAACCUACAGGAUGGCGAAACCCUUGCGCGGUUAGAGAGCUUCGAGGCCUCGAUCAUCUGGAAGAGUAUGGCACUGUGCCGUAAGGUACCUGAUGGAGAGACUGGGCAACAAGGGCGGGACUGGAACUUAUGCGCCGCCUGCGCAAGGCUCAACGUGGUCGAGGCAUUGCUCACAUGGAACCACCUCGACACAAAUCCCCUGUCGCGGGAGCUUGUCAUGGAUGCUGCCAAUCCCCCGAAUACCCCAGACCAGUUCCAGGCCCGCCAGCUUGACUUCUGGGAUCAGGUGGGAGAAUUCCUCACACUAUACGACAAUGAAGCGAGCUCCGCCAAGCAAAUUGAUGACACGCUCAGUCGGUGCCGACAACUGCUGGAUACAUACGAGAACCGUGAUAUCAUCUACUCGAUUUCUGUUGCCCGCCACCUGGGUCAGCGCUGGGCCGACUUCCCCAACAGCCUGCCCAAGGUGGGAUACACGACCGAGAAGGAAUCAGGGACCAAACUUUUCGUUGCUCAGAAGUUCCUUGAAGAAGAAGCCGAGGGCAAGGGCACUACGCAGAUCUACAAGCGAGUCUGUUGCAUGGCAGUCCGCUCUUGGUGGGUCGCCCGUGGAUAA